AUGUGGCUCUACCUGGUGACCCCUGUGGGCCUUUAUUACCUUCUCCGAUGGUACCGUGAGAGGCAGGUGGUGAGCAAUCUCCAAGACAAGCAUGUCUUCAUCACGGGCUGUGACUCGGGCUUUGGGAACCUGUUGGCCAGACAGCUGGACAGGAGAGGCAUGAAGGUGCUGGCUGCAUGUCUGACGGAGAAGGGAGCCGAGGAGUUGAGAAAGAAGACAUCAGACAGGCUGGAGGCAGUGAUCCUUGAUGUCACCAAGAGUAUUGUGGCAGCCACUCAAUGGGUGAAGGAGCGUGUUGGGAACAGAGGACUCUGGGGCCUGGUCAACAAUGCUGGCAUCUCCCUCCCCUCGGGUCUCAAUGAGUUCCUGAAGAAAGAGCAUUUUGCAAAGAUACUGGAUGUGAACCUAUUGGGCAUGAUCGACGUGACUCUGAGCAUGCUGCCCUUAGUGAGGAAGGCAAAGGGCCAAGUGGUCAACGUUUCCAGCAUCUUGGGUCGUUUGUGUUUGUUUGGUGGUGGUUACUGCAUCUCCAAGUAUGGUGUAGAAGCCUUCUCGGAUUCCCUCAGGAGGGAACUCUCCUAUUUUGGAGUGAAGGUGGCUAUCAUAGAACCUGGUUUCUUCCAGACUGCUAUUUCCAGUAGUGACAGGCAUUUCUCAUAUAACAAGAUGCUGUGGGACCAGGCCAGCUCAGAAGUCAAAGAGAUCUAUGACGAGAAGUUUUUGUUAUCCUAUGAAACAACGAUAAAGUUAUUGGACACACUGUGCAACACGGACCUCUCCGUGGUGACGGACUGCAUGGAGCAUGUGCUGACUUCCCGUCAUCCCCGGACUCGAUACUCAGCUGGUUGGGAUGCCAAGCUCUUCUACAUCCCUGUGAGCUACCUGCCCACCUUUCUUGCAGAUCGCAUCUUAUUCUGGACCUCCACGAAGCCUGAAAAAGCUCUAUGA